AUGGGGUGGGAGACGGCGCAGGCCCUGUUCUCCCUCAUGCUGCAUGCUGUUUUUCGGGCGCCCAUGGCCUUUUUCGACUCUACUCCUGCAGGGCGAGUGCUUUCUCGAGUGAGUGGUUCAGUGCGGUUGGUAUUGAUGUGCUGUGUGGUGCAUGCGGGUAUACGUGCUACUAGCACUAGGCAGUGUGCUCUUUGUGCUGCUGCCAGUGAGUGGUGCAAUGCGGUGCUGUGCGGUGAAGUUAGAUGUGCUACUAGCACUAGGCAGUGUGCUCUUUGUGCUGCUGCUAGUGAGUGGUGCAAUGCGGUGCUGUGCGGUGAAGUUAGACGUGCUACUAGCACUAGGCAGUGUGCUCUCUGUGCUGCUGCGAACGGUAGCGGUGUCCUGGAUGGGGCGUCAACAGACCAGGCAACAGUGGAUCUAGACCUCCCGUUCCGCUUUGGCACGGUUCUCUCUCUUCUCUUCCAGCUGCUCGGCAUUCUCUCAGUCACCUCCUUCAUCACCUGGCCUGUGCUUUUUGCCAUAGUGCCCCUCGCUUACUUCUACUUCUCAUAUCAGGAAUACUACCUGACAACUUCUAGGGAGCUCUCUCGCCUGGAUGGGGUUACCAAGUCGCCCAUAAUCGAGCACUUCAGCGAGUCGCUAUCCGGGGCAGCGGUGAUUCGGGCAUUUGGUGAAGAAUCUCGGUUCGCGCGCACGAGUGCAGCGCGGGUGGACAGCAACACACGAGUGGCGUUCUGCAGCAGAGGCGCCGUCGAGUGGCUGGGCUUCCGCCUUGAGCUGCUGGGAUCGCUGCUGCUCUGCUUCUCUGCUCUCAUGCUCACCCUGCUGCCGCCCUCUGUCGUUUCACCAGGUAGGAUUGGCCUGAAAGAGGGUGUGCGUGUGUUAUUGGAAGUGAAUUCUCGCUUCUGCUUCUACUCGCUUCUGCUACUCCGCACUUGUGCUCUCUUCCGUGAUCGCUGCUCGCUUCUCUGCUGCUCUGCAUUUCUGCACUCGUGUUCACCUCACCGCCCUCCUGUCCUCUCCUCUUUCUCCUCGCUUGCUAUCUCCUCUUGCCUUAAACCCUCAGGUCUGGCGGGCAUGUCCCUCUCCUACGGCCCUGCUCUCUCCCAAGUGCUCUUCUUUGCGUGGUGUUCCCUGGACAACCAGAUGGUCUCAGUGGGCCUGGCGGGCAUGUCUCUCUCCUACGGCCUUGCUCUCUCCCAGGCGCUCUUCUUCGUGGUGUGGGCGUGGUGCUCCCUGGAGAACCAGAUGGUCUCAGUGGAGCGAAUCCUCCACUUCUCCCACCCCGCUGUGCCCUCUGAAGCCCCCCUCGUCAUUCCCAGCCACCGGCCGCCUCCUUAUUGGCCAAACAAGGGGCGAGUGGAGUUCGACAGCCUUCAGGUCCAGUACCGGCCAGACCUGCCAAUGGUGCUCAAGGGCGUGACUGUAACGAUCCCAGGCGGGCACAAGGUCGGGAUUGUGGGCCGCACUGGCAGCGGCAAGCCAACGCUCGUCGCUGCUCUCUUCCGAUUGGUCGAGCCUGCGGGCGGCAGGGUGGUGAUUGAUGACGUGGACAUUGGAAGCAUCGGACUGGGCGACCUGAGGGGACGGCUGGCGAUCAUACCACAGGACCCGACAUUGUUCCAGGGGUCUAUUCGAAUGAAUUUGGACCCUGCAGGGGAAUACAAUGAUGCCCAGAUAUGGGAGGCUCUGGACAGGUGUCAGCUGGGGGACACUGUUAAGGGCAUGGAGGAGAAACUGGAUGCACAGGGAACCGUGGCUGAGUGCAAUUCACCGGCUGAGCUCAUGCAUGACCCUGAUUCCAUGUUUUCGCGCCUUGUGGCGGAAUAUGCGACGCUAUCCCGUUCGCGUCGUUCACUGAUCCCGUUUCUCCUCGCAGGAUCGCUCGCGACAAUGGAUAAGGAUCAAGCCGCGCCUGCAGCAGAGACCGUCGACGCGACGGCUGCAGCUGCUGCUGACCUGUCGAUCGCCGAUAAGCCAGCAGCCGAGCCCACGGAGCAGAAGGAUCAGAAGGAAAAGAAGGAGAAAAAGGAGAAACCCAAGAAGGAGAAGGUCCCUAAGGAGAAAAAGCCCAACCAACAAGGCGGAGGAGGUGGAGGCGGCGGGGGGAAGAAGGAAGUAAAGAAGGAAACGCUGCUGGGUCUGUCGGUUAAGAAAUCGGAGGAUUAUGGGAAGUGGUACUCGGAGGUGGUGGUGCAGUCAGAGCUCAUUGAGUACUAUGACGUGUCUGGUUGCUACAUCUUGCGACCCUGGUCCUACUCCAUCUGGGAAACCAUCAAGGACUUCUUUGACGCGGAGAUCAAGCAGCUGGGCGUGCAGAACUCCUACUUCCCCAUGUUCGUCUCUGAGAGGGCGCUCAACGCCGAGAAGGACCACGUGGAGGGCUUUGCUCCCGAGGUGGCGUGGGUGACCAAGUCAGGUCAAUCCGAGCUGGACGUGCCGAUCGCCAUCCGCCCCACGAGUGAGACGGUGAUGUACCCCAUCUACGCCAAGUGGAUCCACUCGCACCGCGACCUGCCUCUGAAGCUCAACCAGUGGAACAGCGUCGUGCGCUGGGAGUUCAAACACCCCACGCCCUUCAUCCGGAGUCGCGAGUUCCUGUGGCAGGAAGGCCAUACGGCCUUCGCCAGCAAGGAGGAGGCGGACGUGGAGGUGUUGGCCAUCCUGGAGCUCUACCGCCGCAUCUACGAGGAGCUGCUCGCAGUGCCGGUGGUCAAGGGUGUGAAGAGCGAGCGGGAGAAGUUCGCAGGCGGCCUCUACACCACGACUGUGGAGGCGUUCAUCCCAGCGACAGGCAGGGGCAUCCAGUCGGCCACAUCGCACUGCCUGGGGCAGAACUUUGCCAAGAUGUUCAACAUCGAGUUUGAGGACGACAAGGGCGCCAAGCAGAUGGUGUGGCAGAACAGCUGGGGGCUCUCCACGCGCUCGAUCGGAGUGAUGGUGAUGGUGCAUUCAGACGACAAGGGCCUAGUGCUGCCGCCCAACGUGGCGCCCAUCCAGGCCAUCGUCGUCCCCAUCCCCUUCAAGGACGCCGACCGGGCGGCAGUCGUGGCGGCAGCCGCCGACGUGGGCACCCAGUUGCGGGCGGCGGGGGUGCGGGUGAAGGAGGACACGCGGGACAACUACUCGCCGGGCUUUAAGUACAACUUCUGGGAGCUCAGGGGUGUGCCGAUUCGGGUGGAGCUUGGCCCCAGGGACCUGGCCAACAAGCAGGUGGUUCUCGUACGCCGAGACACGGGAGUCAAGGAGACAGCCCCCUGGGAGGGGCUGGGCGAGCGGGUGAAGGCCCUCCUCGCCACCAUUCACGCGGACAUGCUUGCUCGCGCCACCAAGGAGCGUGACGACAGCAUUGUCAAGAUCACCCAGUGGGACGAGUUCAUGCCGGCCAUUGAUGCCAAGAAGAUGGUGCUGGCGCCGUGGUGCGACGAGGAGGCGGUGGAGGAGGAUGUGAGGAAGAGGAGCGCUGGCGCUGGGGAGGGCGGAUCCGCCAAGACAUUGUGCAUGCCCUUCGAGCAGCCCGAGCUGCCUGAAGGCACACUCUGCUUUGCGUCUGGCAAGCCAGCCAAGAAGUGGGCUCUGUGGGGGCGCAGCUACUAA